AUGGCUCGCGGUGUCGAAGGAAACGAAAUGUCAACGCCCCGCCCAUCCCAAAAGAAGCAACCUUCCUCAGUCUCCCAGUCAGGGAAGGGCCAGAAAUCCAUUCUCGGCUUCUUCCAGAAGAAAACUACCAAUUCACCAAGCCCCGCACCGUCUGAUGUCACACCGGACCAAAAAACGCCCACUUCCAAAAUCGCCUCCAAGGCCUUUACAAAGCCUUCUGCUGCCAUCACGCCGGUUCCCAGCAGCGAUGCUCCAGACCACUCAAGUCCUAUCAAACAAGACCAAGAGCUCACAGUAGGGCGGAACAAGGAGAAUGAAAUAGCAGAUGUUACUCCUAGUAGCCCAACACGUAAAGCUAGAAAACCCGUCAAUUACGCCGAAUCCGACGAUGAAGAUGACGAUGUACUCGGACCUAUCGCAAACAAUGCGAGGGGUCGGGCUACAAAGCGCCAGCGAAUGGUUGUCGACGACGAUUCCGACGAUGAGUUUGGUUUGGACGCUGCCACGCAGAGAGCAAUGCUGGAAGAGGAAGAGGAAGACGAUGAUGUUGAUGAUUUCAUCGUACCCGAUGAUUCUGAAGAAGAAGUCGUAUCGAAGAAGCGCAAACGCCCAACAUCUACAAAGCCACGCACCAAAGCCUCACCGGCAUCAUCACCACCACCUAUUGUCAAUGACAAUGAUGUCGAGGAUGAAGCAGACAUCGUAAUGAAUAGCACAUCUACAGCACAACAAUGGAUAUACGAUCCCGAGAAUCCCACGGUAUUCAAGCCACGAAAAGCGGUUCCUUCUUUGAAGAAAGAACUAAGCGUAAGAGCCAAAGCGAAGCCCUCUGCUUCAGAACCUGAGGCAAGAUACCCAUGGCUAGCGAACAUGCAAGACGCCGACCGCCAUCCACCCGACCAUCCUGACUACGAUCCCCGUACCUUGUUCAUCCCGCCAGCUGCCUGGCGUGAAUUUUCGCCUUUUGAAAAGCAGUACUGGGAGAUCAAGAGCAAGUGGUGGGACACUAUAGUUUUCUUCAAGAAAGGAAAGUUUUACGAGCUCUACGAGAAAGAUGCAUCGAUCGGCCACCAGCUCUUUGAUCUCAAGCUGACUGAUCGUGUCAACAUGAGGAUGGUGGGUGUUCCAGAAGCCUCGUUGGAUAUGUGGGCAACACAGUUUGUGGCGGCUGGCUACAAAGUCGCUAGGGUUGACCAGAUGGAAUCCGCUUUGGGCAAAGAGAUGCGCGAACGUGACGAUAAGGGCAAAACUCCAAAGAAAGCUGAGAAGAAAGGCAAGGAAGUCAUUCGCCGAGAACUGGCCACUGUUCUAACAUCAGGUACCCUUGUGGACACUGGCAUGCUCCAGAGCGAAAUGUCGACUUACUGCAUGGCGAUCAAAGAGAUUGACCGUGACAAUUUGCCCGCUUUCGGAAUUGCGUUUGUUGACACUGCGACGGCGCAGUUUCAGCUUUGUGAGUUUACAGAUGACAUUGACAUGACCAAAUUCGAAACUCUCAUUGCGCAAAUGAGGCCCGGCGAGUUGCUCUUAGAAAAGUCGUGUGUUUCAGCAAAGGCGCUUCGUAUUCUGAAGAACAACACUGGACCAACCACCAUCUGGAACUGGCUGAAGCUGAACAAAGAAUUCUGGCCAGCCGAUAUCACGAUCCGAGAAAUCGAAGUCAACAGUUACUUCGAGUCGCCAACAGAAGAUAACAUCGAAGCCUGGCCACCGGUGCUUCGCGAAGCCCGCGAAAAAGAACUUGUCAUGUCCGCAUUCGGUGCCCUCCUCCAGUAUCUGCGAACAUUGAUGAUUGAGCGCGAUCUUGUUACGCUCGGCAACUUCCAGUGGUACGAUCCCAUUCGCAAAGCGACAAGCUUGGUGCUCGACGGACAGAGCUUGAUCAAUCUGGAAAUCUUUGCAAAUACGUUUGAUGGAGCGACAGAGGGCACAUUGUUCGCUAUGUUGAAUCGCUGCAUCACACCGUUUGGCAAGCGACUACUCCGACAAUGGGUUUGUCAUCCACUGGCAGACGCACAAAAGAUCAACGCUCGCCUUGACGCUGUAGAUGCGCUGAAUAAGGACUCAGCCAUUAUGGAGAACUUCAGCGGCUCACUGAGUAAGCUCCCAGAUCUUGAGCGUCUUAUCUCCCGCGUGCACGCUGGCCGGUGCAAGGCACAAGACUUCCUGAAGGUCUUGGAAGGUUUCGAGCAGAUUGAGUACACCAUCAGUUUGCUGAAGCAGUUCAGCGAAGGAGAGGGCGUCAUUGGCCAGCUCAUCUCAUCGAUGCCGGAUCUAGCUGCAUGUCUCGAGAAGUGGAAGUCUGCUUUUGACCGUGAAGCAGCCAGGAAAGAUGGAAUUCUGAUCCCUGAAGCUGGUGUUGAGGAAGACUAUGAUAAUAGUCAGGCGGAUAUUGAUAGUUGCGAGGCCAAUCUCGAGGCGCUGUUGAAGAAGGUGCGCAAAGAACAGGGCUCGAAUGCAAUCAUCUACAAUCACCUCGGAAAAGAGAUUUAUCAACUGGAAGUGCCGAAGAAGGUCAAGGUGCCCAAUAGCUGGGAUCAAAUGUCGGCCACAGCCAAGGUCACUCGCUAUUACACGCCCGAGUUGCGGAAGCUGGUGCGAGCAUUGCAAGAAGCGCAAGAGACUCAUGGUCAAAUCACUCGCGAGGUUGCCACUCGCUUCUGCCAGCGCUUUGACGAGGACUACAAGAUUUGGCUUGCAGCAGUCAAGAUCAUUGCUCAGCUCGACUGCCUCAUUAGUCUUGCAAAGGCAUCUGCGUCGCUGGGAGAGCCAAGUUGCCGACCCGUCUUCGUGGAGGGCGAACGAACCAUUGUUGAGUUCGAGGAGCUUCGCCACCCGUGCAUGCUCAACACAGUCGAUGACUUUAUCCCCAAUGAUAUUAAGCUGGGCGGUGACGCGGCCAACAUUAGCCUGCUCACGGGUGCCAACGCAGCUGGUAAAUCAACCAUCCUGCGUAUGACAUGCAUAGCUGUUAUCCUCGCCCAAGUGGGUUGCUACUUGCCGUGUACAUCGGCCAGACUCACACCCGUCGACCGCAUCAUGUCUCGUCUAGGCGCCAACGACAACAUCUUCGCAGCACAAUCCACCUUCUUCGUAGAACUGUCUGAAACACAAAAGAUUCUGUCAGAAGCAACAUCACGAUCGUUGGUCAUCCUGGACGAACUGGGCCGUGGCACCUCAUCCUACGACGGCGUAGCAGUCGCACAGGCUGUGCUACACGAUGUUGCAACGAGGGUGGGCUGCGUGGGCUUCUUCGCUACGCAUUACCGGUCGCUCGCCAAGGAGUUUGAAUUCCACCCCGAAGUCCAGAAUAAGCGGAUGCGUAUCCAUGUUGAUGAUGAGUCUAAAUCGAUUACCUUCUUGUACAAACUUGAAGAGGGCGUUGCAGAGGGCAGCUUUGGUAUGCAUUGCGCUGCCAUGUGUGGUAUCCCAAGCAAGGUCAUUGAGAAUGCGGAGAAGGCGGCCAAGGAGUGGGAGCAUACGAGUAGGCUGGGUGAGAGGAUGGAGGUGAAGAAGGAUGAGGGUGGUGUGUAUGUGCCACUGGGUUUGCAGAGUGAUGUUGCGUGGGCGUUGCGAGAAGGGUUGGAAGGAGUGGGAGAACGAGCGAUGGAUGUGCUGCUCGAAGCUAUUGCUGCGCUUUGA